UGGUAGAGGAAUCCGCCAGAGGUUUCUGCAGGGGGAGAGCCUGAUGUGGAGAGGCGGAUAUGCCAGAGUGAGGUGGAUGGAUGAGCAGGAGCGUGGUCAGACGAGCCGAGUCGGUAACCGUGGGAGCAGUGCGGUACAAAGCAGCGGGCAGAGAAUGGUCGGGUCACACGCCAGGUCAGCAACAGAAUAUCAGAUCCAAUAGGGGGCAUCCAGGAGGUAGGUCAGGCAAGCCAGGGGUCAGAACAGCAGAAUACAGCAAGGUCAGGAACAAUCCGGGUCAGCAACAAUCAAGAAUCACGUACAACAAGAUCAGGAACACAGGGAGACCAAACGGCAAUUCAUGUCAGCGCAGGGCAAUUUAA